UCUAUCUUUCUCUUUCACUAACACCAGACACAGAGUCCCAGAUUCACCAUUCGAGAAUUCAAUUGGAGGCGCCAACCAGAAAGCGAAGAAGAAACCCUAGUGGACUCUUCUCUCUCAUAAUUUUUAUGCAGGAAGAGAAGACAGACGAGUCAAACAAAUCCAAAGAACCAAGAAAAUGGCAUUUCACAACUCUCAACGACUCACCAUUCCAACACCUUUCAUUUCAUUUCACUUCGCUUGAAAGAAACCCUACGUCCUGUCAGAUCUGCACUCAUUUCAUUUUCUUCUAAAAAAUAUCAUCUCCUACCCGUCAGUCAGUUCGUCGUCACUAUCGUCGUCACUAUCGUCGUAUUCUUCUUCUUCUUCUUCUUCAAUCUGUUACUAAAAUACUCGCCUAUUGCUACUGUGUAUACUCGCACAGAAACCGAGGUAGUUCCGGAUCAAUGUUGUGUAGGUUUGAAUUGAGCGAUCGAGUGUGAAUAGUUAAUAGUUAUUUGGUGAUAUUUCGGCGACAGAAUGUCGGAGAUUAGGAUAUCAGACCCUAGCAGACUGCAUUUGAAAAAGGAGCUGACUCAGAUCAGGAAAGCAGCACGGGUUUUACGCGAUCCGGGAACAACUUCCUCGUGGAAAUCGCCUCUGAAUUCUUCAAGAUCUGCAAUUGGAGUACUGGCCUCGUCUUCUUCUACUCGUAACAGUAACAAUAAGCAGUUCGAUGGUGAAAGUUGGAAGCAAAAUGGGAACAGCCAGCUGGAUUCUCAUUUCCCGUUUCGGGUAGAAAGUAAAAAUGGGAAUGGAGGGAAGGAGAAGAGUGUGUUUCUGUACAACUGGAAGAAUCAGAAAUCUUCCAGUGAAAAGAGCGCAGUGGGAAGGAAUGUGGAAGAGGAGGAAGAAGAAGAAGAGGAGGAAGAUGGUGAUGAGGGUUCUUCAUGGGUUCAGGGCAGUGUUGAUGAUAGUUUGACUGACGCAAGGAAUGGUAGAGACUCGAAGAGUGAUACUUAUUUGGGUGAGAUUCCAUCUUCUUCCAUGGUUUUCAGGUCUAGGGACGCGAAUCUUAUGUCCCUGGGCACGCCAAACUUCAAGCGAGAAAUGGAGACGAAGAAGAAGAGUAAGAAAUAUAGUAACCAUUCGGAUGUGUUGGCUAAAUAUCACAACUCUGUUAAUAAUAGGAGAUUGUUCAAGGUUCAUCCCUCAUUACCUCUGGGUUUGGGUAGGGAUGAUUAUGUGGAGCAAUCUGAUGAAACUGAGGAUUAUAGUAACUCUGAAGAUUUCAGAAAGAAUUCUGGGGCAUCCCCAUUGCUUUUAGCACUUAGGCAAAAAAACUGGUCAUAUUCAUCAUCCAAAUUAUUGAGAACUAGUAGAAAAGAGGAUUCUUCUUAUACUUAUAGUACUCCAGCAUUGUCAACUAGUUCUUAUAAUAGAUAUGUUAAUCGAAAUCCUAGUACUAUUGGGUCUUGGGAUGCAGCAACUACUUCAAUGAAUGAUGGUGAUGAUGAGUUGGAUGAUCACUUGGAUUUGCCUGGUAGACAAGGGUGUGGGAUUCCUUGUUAUUGGUCCAAGAGGACUCCCAAGCACAGAAGGGGUUGUGGGAGUUGUUACUCUCCUUCCCUUUCAGAUACUUUGAGGAGAGGUGGUAGCAUUUUGUGUGGGGGACAGUCCAUGUAUAGUAGGCAUAGGCGAUCGUCAUCACUUCCCGAUAAGAGGAGAAUUGCCUCGAGAAGUGCUCGGGGUGUUCUCCCCUUGCUUUCUAAUAACGGUGAUGGCAGAGGAGGGUCAUCUUUAGGAACUGGGCAUAGUGAUGAUGAGAUUUCUACUAAUUUUGGAGAGUUAGAUUUAGAGGCUCUGAAAAUACAAGCCAAUGUUCUUGAGGAAUUGAUUGGUCAGAAUAUAGUAGUUCAGUCCCUUAUGAAUGCUGUUUCGAGGGGAAGGAUUGCCCCUGUCUAUCUUUUUCAAGGUCCUCGAGGGACUGGAAAGACAUCAUCGGCCAGGAUCUUUUCUGCUGCUUUGAAUUGUCUAGCAACUGAAGAGACAAGGCCUUGUGGAUACUGUACAGAAUGCACUGAUUUCAUUUCUGGAAAAAACAAUUAUUUUUGGGAAGUUGACGGCACCAAUAAGAAAGGAAUUGAUAGAGUUAGGCACCUUUUGAGAAACCUGUCAGUGGCACUCCCACCUGGUUCCUCAAGAUACAAGGUUUUUGUAUUUGAUGAGUGUCACUUGCUGCCAUCAAAGACAUGGCUAGCAUUUCUCAAAUUUCUUGAAGAUCCAUUGCAACGAGUUGUAUUCAUAUUUAUUACAACAGACAUUGAGAAUGUGCCCCGUACCAUUCAAUCACGGUGUCAGAAGUACCUUUUCAACAAAAUUAAAGAGGGUGACAUUGCAGCCAGGCUUAGGAAAAUCUCUUCUGAUGAAAAUCUUGAUGUUGAAUCGGAGGCAUUGGAUUUGAUUGCUCUAAAUGCUGAUGGUUCACUUCGAGAUGCAGAAACUAUGCUAGACCAGCUAAGCUUGCUGGGGAAAAAGAUUACUACAUCUCUUGUAAAUGAACUUGUAGGAGUUGUCUCAGAUGAGAAGUUAUUGGAACUUCUGGAAUUAGCACUAUCAUCGGACACUGCAGAAACUGUGAAGAGGGCGAGAGAAUUGAUGGACUCGGGGAUUGAACCAAUUGUUUUGAUGUCUCAGCUUGCGAGCCUUAUUAUGGAUAUAAUUGCUGGAUCAUACAAUGUUGUGGAUGCCAAUGACACCGACUCAUCUGUUGGGGGACGCAGUUGUAUUCUGGUUGCUUAUGUUGCAUUUGGGGACAGUAACAUCAAAUCUAGAGCUGAAAGAUUCUUAAGUAGUAUCACAAACUCAAUCGAGAUUGUUCUCAGGUGCAAUGUAGAAGUCCGAAUAAUCCUCUUGCCAGAUGGUGAUGUUUUGAACUCUCUGGAUUCAGUUGACUUACCAUUGAUGAAACAGACACGAAAAAUUGUGGGAACUGAUAAGGACAAACAGAUAGUUUACACAAAUGACAUUGAUGGUUUUUCUGACUUAGUAACAUGUCAGGAACCUCGGAAAGUAACUAGAGGGUGUUCUAAUAAUUUAGAAGGUACUCUCAAAGAUGCAGGGGAAGGAACCUUUAAACCUGCUGCUCAAUCACCCAAUUUGCUGACUGCGGGUAAUGAUGAAAGUAGUGAUACACAAGAAAGUGGGGAAAAGAUCCCAAUGCAGAGAAUAGAAUCCAUAAUCCGUGAGCAGAGGUUAGAAACAGCCUGGUUACAGACUGCUGAGAAAGGCACUCCUGGCUCGUUGAACCGUACAAAACCUGAGAAGAACCAGGUACUGCCUCAAGAGGGCAUCUACCGUAGAAGUCGAAUGGGAUCAACGAGUUCAUCAGGGUUGUCCUCACAACAUCGGGAAGAUGAAUUAAAUAAUGAACCCAAGGUGUUGGGAAGCGAUGAAGGAAGAUUAUUGCAUAAGGACGAGACUGUUAAGAAGAGUGGUCACCAUGCCAUGUCCCCAAGCUUAUUACAUGAUCUCAGUUUUGCUGACCAUUACAACAAAGACAAUCUUGGAUAUGAAUCAGGAUCCGGAACAGGAGGAUGCAGCGGACUUUUCUGUUGGAACACUAGAAAACCUCCAAGAAGAGGGAAGGUUAAGGGGACCACUGUAAGACCACGAAAAAGCAGGAAAUUCUCGUUGUUUGCUGUCUGUGGGAAGACAAAGAAGACAGAAAGCAAACCCAGAAGAUAAAAAUGAGAAAAGUUAAAUGAGCUCGGAUUCCUGAGUAUGUAGUCUGCCUCUUUAAUAUGCAUAUAAACAUUCUUUUUCUUUUUCUGUAUUUAUUUUUCUUAUUGAAGCCAUUUUUUCAAGGAUGAAGCACAGGAAGGUUGGAUUUGAGGAUUUGUUUAUCUGCACCAGUUUUAAUUAUUAUUAUUAUUUCUUUGGAAUGAAUAAAGAAAAGAAGAAAUGGGAAACCUUGUUUGUUCAAGGACUAAGAGAAAGAUGUCAAUGGCUUCAGUUUCUUCCA